AUGCCAGCGAGAAAGCUGACAGUCACAGGUGGAGAGAGUGUAACAUUCAGAUGCGUAGUGAGGGCGGGCAACCCGCCUCCAUCGGUGGUCUGGGAAAGGGAGCAAAAUAAACCGUUGAACAGCAGUGACAACGGCGUCUUAGUGAUCUCUCGCGCGUCCGGUGACAGUGGAGGCAGAUAUAUUUGUAAGGCGACAAAUAUCCUAGGGUCAACUGAAGCAGCGGCUUUGCUUAUUGUUCAAGGUAAAUUUUAAUCUAACACAAGCCAAGGGCAACUACUCUACAAAUACCUAUCUUGUUUCUGACAACCCUUUUCAAGAACCACCACCCAAAACAUCCAAAACUCUUCUUGUGUGUUCGUUUCUUUAAGUCACUUUUUCUUGUCCGUCUUUUAUUACUAUGAAUUCCUGAAGACAAACUUCACGAGGAAAGUAAUGGCCAGUUGUCGUUUUUAGCCAGAUCCUUAUCUUUAGUUCACUUACAACAGCACGAGUAAGCAAUGACUACAUUACCUAAGGAGAAAUUAAAACAAUACUUAUAAUUAAGAGUUUUAAGGGGACAAACAACGAAUAUCUUGACCAGUGCUGAAAUGGCGAGACUUUUCAACAACAAAGUAUCUCGUUUCUUCCUUUUUGAAACCUGUAUUCAUGUGCCAGUGAUAAAGCUUAUUUUAUGGCAUCUUGAAGGUAGUGACUGCACAAUUACGGUAUGGUUUGCUUAAUUGUUACACAGGUGAACCCCAGUUGAUAGUAAACCCUUCCAGUCCAGUCUCCGUGACAGGUGGAAGCUCGGUCACGCUGGAAUGUACAGCUGCAGGGAGCCCUCCUCCAGUAGUCCAAUGGAUUAUUGAAGGGCAUCCUCGGUCUAAUCUGCAAAUAAGGGAAACCAAUCGUGGGGUGUUGAAGUUGAUUAUUGAAAAUGUCAGACCGGACGACCAGGGGAACUUUACCUGCCAGGCAGAGAAUAUUGUAGGAUUGACUCAGGAAAGUGUGCAGUUAACAGGUAUAUUCCUUAUGCAGUGUAAUGGCAGCAAGGUACUGAGAAAUUGAGGGACUCGCUAAAUGUCCUUCUCAGACAUCCGAAAUGUAAACGAUCGUAAACAAAUCAUUUCCUUUUUUCUUUCCACCAUAUCAUGAACCGGAACUGGUUAUCAUAGAAUAACAAGGUUUUAUUUGUUUUUCUUAGGUUUUCUUGCGAAAUUGCAACCACUGUUUCCUCAUUUUUUAAAUCUUGUCAUCCAAUGUUGACAUUAAAGAUUCCUUAUCGUCGAGGAGUGUCUGUGUCUAGCCUGACAAAACAGCUGACAUUUCGAGACGCCAUCAACGGAGAAUACGUCUAAGGAACGGGCGCAGAAAUUUCAUACUAAUGAUGUGUCACUACCCAGAUCUGGAGAGUGCCAACCAAAAAUCACUACCCAGGUCAGAGUAGUAAAACGUCAUUAGUAUAAAAUUUCUUCACUCGUUCAUCAGACGUCAUUCAGGAAAACCAUUGGUGGCGUGGCGAGAUGUCGGCAGUUUUUUCAUGCUAAGCUGUGUCAGGAUGUCUGUCAUUUUACAUUAAUUUAGAGGAACUUUUGCUAUUGUCCUUGCUUUAAUUAAAGGAAGCUUUAAUUUUAGGCCAAACUUGUUCUCAAAGAGGAUUGUAUGACAUGAUAUUUUAAGCAUGUGGCGUAUGUGUGGAAACUUUUUCACACUUAUUCAGCUUAGAACAAAACUAAUGAGUGAUACAAAAGUUGAAGUAAAUUUAUGUUUUGUUUUUCUCCAUUGACGAAAUAUGACCUGAGGUUAUUGUGAUUCCUUCUAGUAACUGUUCCACUACAACCACCAGAGAUCCUCUUAAAUUCUGUUUUAAAAACUGUCAUCGAAGGAGAAGACGUGGAGGUUCGGUGCAAUGCAUCUGGCUUACCAGCUCCGACCAUUGUCUGGGAAAGACUGGGUUCUAAUUUACCCAAUGACGCCCUUGAUAGAGAUGGAAUACUGAUGAUCCCGUCUGUCGGUGCAGAAGAUGCUGGGACGUACUCCUGUAAAGCAGUUAAUAGUGAAGGGCAGGACAGUUUUAGUAUCAAGUUGGAAGUGAUAGGUACGAUUAAGGAAAAAAAUUGAACCCAAGAAAAGAGAGGAUAAAGUUUCUCGAAUCCAGGCUAAUCAAAAUUUAUUACUGAGAAAAAUCACAUUUAGAAUCCAAGUUAGAGACAUUCAAAGGUUUCAAAGGUUUUAUUUCUUGUAGCUCAACAGUAAGAUACCUCUCCCACAAAUUUCAACGUAAAACAAAUUUUAACGUCAAUUACCAUUGAUCGUGUGAUCGUGUAUUUUCGUAGAGGCAUAUAAUCGAGUUACACAUUUUAUCCUGGCGAAGUUCAACGAUGCCGUCAACUGGAGGUGUAAAGGCCAUUUCUUUAUGUACCACUUUGACCAAUAAGGCAUCCUGUUUCUGAGCCUUCCAUAAAAAUUGUUCCUUCUUCAUAUGCUUUAAUGUGAAGAAGCGCUUUGAUUAAUAACUAAGGGACUUUCCCACGCUUUCACUUGGUAACAGUUCAAACUAUACGAUAUUUCAAAAAAGCCCUUUUUAAAUAAGAAAUGGCACAUGUCUUACCCGUUUCUGUACUACAGUCAAAUUUCCCUUAGGCAGACACCAUCGGCAAGCAAAAAAGUAAUUCAUUGGAAGCUGGCCGGUAACAAAUCAUGCUUUUGUAGUGAAGUUCCUAAUGGGAAGAUUUGUUAAGGUGGCCGUAGGUGAAGCUGUCCGCUUGAGGCAUAUCGUACGUCCGUCAAAAGAUAAAAGAGCUUAGACUGCUACUACCCUGUUAUACACCUCUCCCAUUAGAUCUUUUCAACGUAAUUAUUACUAUCAACGAUUCCAAGUAAUGCUGUUUUUUGAACUCGAGGUUUUUAACAUUUUCCAAAGGUUUCGAAAACAAUGAAAAAAAUGGAACACCACCUUUAGGAACUUUUAGGAGAAACGACAAAUUUAAAAGGUAGCCAUGCGGUUGAAUAUUCAAGACUGAAAUUUGUGUUUCCUUUCUUCCCCAAACUUGAUUCCUCCUAUGAGCAUAGACUUGAACGCAACAUCUGAAGGAUCAAGGAGACAAAAUGUAGUGAGUUGUAUUAAGUUGUCAUGCCAAGCCUCGAACCCCUUUUAUUGUGUCUUCUCACCAAGGCAGAAUUAUGAAUUUUUUUUACCAUAAAACUCGCAAAUAGUGAACUGACCUAUGUCUACAUUUAAGUGAUAAACAAUCCGAACCCUACCUGUUUCUUUCUUUUUUCAACUAGUGCCUCCUCUAAUCGACGUGACUCCCUCCGAGAUCUCCGUCAAUCAAGGAACCUCCUUUAACAUCUUUUGCAUUGUUAGGCCAUCACUUGCAAUCACGUGGUCAAAACUCAAUGUUAGUUUCCCAAACGGCAUCGUGAGCGACAAGGGGACCUUAAAAGUCAGUGAGGCGAAACUGAAACAUGCAGGAACAUACCGCUGUUAUGCUAACAAUUCAGCGGGCUCCAGUGAAGGCUUUGCAAGCGUCGUCGUGUAUGGUAGGAACCUUUAGGGCCGUUAAUUUAAAAAAAAUAUCGCAGUAUAUAUAAAAAAGUGCAUACCUCAAGAGUUAAGGUAAUAAAAGUUUUAAUUGUAAAACACAAAAUUAAAAAAGGCCUUUCAUCCCUUCUUCUUCUCUCUCUCAAUGACUCCCAUUUAUCAUUUUUCCCUUUUAUUUAGAAAGAAACAUUCUAUGUUGUACUAUAAAUUCUAUAUUGUACUACAAAUGAUGUUUUUUUGUGAUGGCAGUGAAAGUGUCUUUGAAAUAUACGUUCGAGUCUUGUUGCUCUUUGCAUAUCGAUUAUCUUCAUUAUUUAUCAACUUAUAUUUGGGAAAUCAAUGCUAACCAACACGCUAGUCAAUUUUCAGUUUCAUCCCAUGUUCAAUUUGUCCUGGCUUUUUGACUGACUUUCGUUCUGAUAUCUCAGCUGCACCGAAAGUGGUGGCCUGGCCUAGAUCUUUUGAAGCAGCGUAUAAAUCCAAUGUUACAUUUCACUGCAACGCGACUGGCAUACCCGACCCGGUGAUCUCCUGGUCAAAAGAGGGAAGCGACAUUCCCGUACGACACUCAGCUGGUGUCUUGAGUCUUACAGGAGUUAUCGGUGACGAUAAUGGUCGAUACAUCUGCACAGCAAAAAAUGCUGCUGGAACUUCUACAACAUCUAUAGAACUCACUGUCGAAGGUUUGUUAGAGCUUCGCUUUGAAGAAAAAGAAGUCACUUUCUGUUCAUCUCCAUCCCCUUUUUAUGCUUAUUUCCCUUUAUCAUGCCUAAGUUCAUUGGUCCGGUUCACGACCCCAUAUUCUAAAAGUACAGUGUUUAAUUAUAUCAUAACCAAAAAUUAAUGUCCACAAAUCUUUUUCAAAUUUCGAGCCAAUUCAUUUUACUGUAAUUAUAUUAUGCUAUACCCUUGAGUUUAUCCAAUUGUUAUUGUUAUCAUUAUCAUUAUUAUUAUUAUUGUUGUUGUUGCUGCUGUAAUUAUUACUAUUGUUAUCUUUAUCGUUUUUGUCAUUGUAUCAGUAUCAUAAUCAUUAUCAUUAUCACUAUCAUUAAAUCAUUCGUAUGAGUAGCCAUGUAAUCAUAUCCUUUUCAGAUCUACCCAGUGUGGUUAUAACAGGUGGAACCUCCGUCAAAACAGUUUCAGUAGGAAAGAAUUUGACUUUAGAAUGCAUCGCGAAUGGAGCCCCACAAUCAGAAAUACAAUGGACCCGCGUCGACGGUCUGUUGCCCGAGGGACUCAUUUCAAAAGGAGGACAGCUGAUUUUUCCGCACGCGCGGCUUGCCUAUGGUGGUGUAUAUAGGUGCAAAGUCACUAACAGAGUGGGCUCUGUGCAAUCUGAAGUAGCCAUCUUUGUGCAAGGUUGGUGUUUGCUGUUUGUUCUUUUCUGCUGUUACCUUUCACGUUUACUGGUCUGCAAAAGAAAUUAAAGCUAAUGCAAGUAAAGCUAAAAAACGCUUGAAAUAUUUGACCGUCGAUUGCAAAGACAUUCACAUUUGUGGGGAAUAGGAAUGGUUCACUGGUUUGUCAACCGAGUUGAUAAGCCAAGAUAAUAAGACAAGAUAAAAUAGCGAAAGCUGGCGAUUGCGUGUCCUCGUGUCAGACCAAGUGAGGAAGGCGUGAAAACAUAAGCCUGCUUUAAAUCUUACUGCGGUAAACCAAAAUGACCUUAUCCGAUUAGAUUUUUUGGUACUACCACCCAACCACCCCAACCCUACGGUUACAACUAAUAUCCAUCUGCGAAGAUCAUGCAGUUUUAUUGACGAUGUUACUAUUAAACAUUGUGUUAUUAACUCGAAUGGCAAGGCUGUACUCUAUUGACUCUUAGAGGCUCCCAAGGUCAUGGUUACUCCACAGAGUUCACGUGUGAAAACUGGUGAGACCGUGCAAUUCACUUGCAUCGCUAGCGGCUCCCCGUCACCAGACCUAACAUGGCGGAAAGUUAACGGAUCGCUUCCAGUCAGCAGUACAGUGCAAAGAAGAGUUCUGAAGAUUGCCAAUGUGACUCAAAAGGAUGCUGGGAGUUACAAUUGUGAAGCCAAAAAUGUUGAAGGAUCGGCUAAUAGAAGUGGAAUUUUAGAAAUUAAAGGUAAGGUAUCAAAGGGUCGGCUCUUUGGAAGUAAUUUUACUUUAACCUCCCUCCUUGUUUCAUGUCUUGAUUUUGACGAAUUUUGGAGCAAAAAUUUUACAGUGCCUUUCCUUCCAUACAUUUUUCCUGAUGCAAUUCCAGCGCGAAAAGCUACGAAUGUUCUUGCGGUCAUGAUGAGGGUUAGUUUGGGGAGUUUCUGCUAAGCACACUUCGCGUCAAUGACAAGAAGGAACCUUUGUUAUGAUAUUUACUCUAACCAUAACUUAAAAAUGGUCACCAACCAUUUGUAUCUCUACCUUUUCUAUAUCUCUUCUUAGUGACCGUUCCACGAUUUACACAGGAACCUCUGUCCUACCUCAGUGUACAGACAUUAACAGACGAGCCACUUAAUUUCACGGUUGAAAUUGUGUUCAUACCGGAGACGGCGGAUGGGCUGAUUCUGUACAACGAUCAGCUAACAAAUGGCUCUGUUGGAGACUUCAUUUCAUUUGGAAUGUCAGACAGAUUUGCUGAAUUUAGGUAAUGGGGUUGUAUUCACAAACAGGGACGAAGAGCAUUCUUCUUGAUUCCCGUCAGUAGUCCUGUGAGGCUUAGCUCUAGCAGGAGUCUGCCCUCGCAAGCUAUUUUUUUCCAUAAAGCCUUUGGUUACUCACAAAUCUUUUUUCGAGGUCAUUUGAAAACUAAUGCAAAAAUAGGACCUGAACUUAUUUUGUUACUGUAAAACCCUGAAACAGCAAGGUAACCAAACUAUGGUAUUACUAACCAAGUCUAUCAUAUUCCAUCUUGGCUGCAGUCAUAUUGCAUACAUUUAACCAAGCCUUAAAACGGAGCUUCCAUUUAAUACAACACUUUAAGUUCCGGUUUGGAACUUAAACUUCAUGCACUCUGACUAUUCCAUUGACUUAUUCCAAGAACUGCAUCACGUCAUAUGUAACAACAUACUUAGCACGAACACACCAUUAUAAGAUGAGGUAGUUUACUUGUAGAUUGUGUGUUGGUUGGACUUAUAAUCCUAUGGUCAAUUAUUACAAGUGUAAUAUAAACGUGUAGCCAUUUUCCGUGCGCACAGAUUGAAGAAAAAAGACUCCGCUUCAGCGCAAGCUUCCCACAUAUACUCUGGGCUCCGUUGUCCUAGUCUAACAAAGUAUACUCCUCCUGAUAUCUCCUAUUACGAUGUUUUUUUUUUUUUUUUCGAAUGGGCUAUAUCCACGUUGUAGUGGCUGUGCAUGUCGUCUUGAUUUUAACCUAACUGUGAUGCACAUGUUAUAAUCCAGUUUCAUUCUUGGUUGAUAUUUUUUUUCUUUUUUGGGGGGUAUGGUAACGUAAGAAAAGAGUCUGAAACAAACUAAAUUAAAUAUAAACCAAGGUCAAAAUUGAAGAGAACUUAUCCGUAUUUAGAUUCAACCUUGGCUUUGAGCCUGCAAUCAUUCGAAGCCGGCAACCAUUGAGCCUGUAUGAGUGGCACAGAGUCGUCUUAUCACGUAACAGGAAGGAAGGAAAUCUCACCGUAGAUGGGGAGCCACCUGUAACAGGAAUUUCUAAGGGGAGUAGUACAGGUCUGAAUUUGAAUCAGGAUUUGCACGUGGGAGGAGUCCUUGAUUUCUCAUCAAUAAGCUCUUUGGCGGGAUUCAAGUCAGGAUUUAUUGGCUGUUUAAGCUACUUGGCUAUCGACGGAAAAGUUGUAAAUUUUGGUAAGAAUAUAAUUGUUUCUUUUACAUUCCAUUACAAAAAUGGUUGGUAUCUAAAAUAGGGACCUGAAAAACAGAAAAACAGGUACAUGUAUUGUCUCCUCUGAUUAUUUUGAGAAAUUUUCGUAGGAACAAAACGAAUGGUAGUUGGAUAAAGGUUUUCAAAGUUCAAAUUUCUGGAAACUAGUUUUCGAGGAGAUUUGACAGAGGCACUCAACGGGGAAUUUGAAAAAAAGACGUUAAAAACAACAACAAAGUAUAAAUAAAGCUUUCUGAAGACAUUUUAAGCAUUUUGGGAGAUCGCUUGGAAAAAAUUAUCUGUUCCUCACUCCCAGUAAGACUGAUGGAAGAGUUCCCAGCCAGCAAAGUGCACCUAAAACCUGCAACCUGACGUCCAUAGGCAAUUGGGAGUGGCCUAUGGGAGACAUUCACCCCUUCAAUGAGGAAGGAGAGAUAAACAAAUAGAAUAUACAAGCUAUUGUAUACACCAAAUCCCCUCUGACAUCCUGAAUUGUGUAUUGCCCAGCAACACUUUCCUUCCAAGGACAUAUUAAUUUUUCCAAAUUUCCGAGCCAGCAAAACUUGGCCUGAGGAACAUAUAUUUUGGGGAACAGAUCCAUUGGGUGCCCCUGAUUUGAAUUUUGUUCAGGAGUCGAAGAAACGAACAGAGUGUCCGAGGGGAGAGUAAGGGUGCUUUCUUGACAAGGGGAAAACAAUUCAUACAAAUUCUUCAAUUCGGUUUUACCAGCUGAGUUGAUGAACACAUCUUGAAAGUCUGCUUUUGGUUUCUGUUCUGGAGGUUUAUUGUCUUUAGCAACUGAUUGGACCAAAACCACCAUUUCUUUCUCUUACCGACGCAACACUAAAGUUCUGAAACUAACCCUUUUAUUUGAACUCUUUGAACUGUCUAUACGCUAAUUUUUUAAACGCGUUCCAAAAGUGGAAAUGAUUCACCAUCGUCUAAUUGACAUUACUAGAUUGAGUCAUGUCUAUAGAACAUGAGCAUGUUUCUUUCUGUUUCUUCGACUUCUAAAGGAGCCAGCUCUUAUUGGAAGUGUAUGCGCUUGUCAAGGGCAGUAUUGACGAACUUGAAUGAGAAUAGGGCCUGUUUCACGAGGAAGCUAUUUUUUGUAGCCUUUCGGUGUAGCUUAAUUACCUAAUUUUAUGAUUAGAUUUUAUCUUCUUCCUUCUCUUGCCAAAACACAAUACUUAAAUGGAUUUUGUCACAAGGAUAUUAUUGUUUUAUGUCAACUCUGUGCUGAUGUCAUUACUGAAGGUCUUUACCCAUACACAAAAUGCUUCUGUAAAAUAAUGAAGAAGAGUUCAAAGAAAUUUCAUCAGGGAACACUAACCAUGAUGAUUUGUUACAUGAUUUGUGAAAAAAAAAAAAAAUGAAAACUAUUUUUGGAAUUCAAUUGAUACGAAGACACUUUAUAGCUUUUUAAAAAUAGAAAAUAGCGUGACAUAACCCUUUGAAUACCUCUUUAAACAAAUUUCAGGUGAUCCUAUUAAAAGCGUGGGUUUGGAUGAUUGUGAAGUCUGUCAAACAAGGCCUUGCAAGAACGGCGGCACGUGCACAGAGGUCGCUGGAGACUGGGGAUUUAUUUGUACUUGCAGGCCUGGUUACUCGGGAAGGACCUGUGAUGACGCUGGUUACAAGUGUUCACCUGGCGUUUGCAAUGAGGGGCGUUGUGAAAAUAUCGGCAAUGAUGGUUUUAGAUGCAUCUGUCCUGCUGGUUACUCUGGGGAGAGGUGUGAGGAAGGUUUGUUGUUGACCAAAGGCCCCUGAGUCCUUUACGAUCUGAUGUCAAAACAUGAGCUUUGGUAUAAUUCCAAUUUUUUUCCUGUUUGAAUAGGAUACAUUAAAUACUUUUUAACUGGUUUGCAUCAGUUGGUAUGGACGAAAGACCGUAAUAUAUUGUUUGAUUCACUGGACAAAAUAAAAUGGAUUUUCCCCCCCAUGCAAAUUUUACCAUCCUGGCCCCAUAUUUACUCCUCCAGUUUUCACAAAUUUGCUAUAUAUUUUGCAAUUAUCAUGUUGGUGCAAAUUCAUUUUUUUUGCCCAGUGAUUUAUAUUUUAAAAGUGCCGGAUCGAGGGAGGAGGGAGCUUGGGAUGAUAGCUUGCCAGGGCCUCAUUUUAAGGUCAUUUUCGAUGGUGCCCCCCCUAUUUGAAGGGUUUGAAUAAGCAGCGCCCCCAAUUACUUGAAGGUCUGGUUAUAUAGUCGCUGCUACUUGAAAUACCAGACCGAAGAAUGUCGCUAUAAAACGCCUCUGUCACUUGAACGGCCCCAGGUGAGGUGUAUGAUAGAAAUCAAGUGAAGGGUACUUCGUUAAAAAACGUCUCUUAGACUUCUGGUGGUGUUUUUGGUUUUUAUGUCAUUUGGUGUACUAAAAAGGAAACUUAUUACGGUAUUCAUCCUGUAGGAAGGCCAAUAGACACUCCUAUGUUCGAGGGCGACUCAUACAUGUCAUUACCAGGAAUCGAAGGCGCAGUUCUGCAGCUAAGGUUCUCCAUCAGAUUCCUCGCACUUAAAUCAGGCAAUAUGCUUCUACUGUACAAUGGUCAGACGAUAUUCCCUGGUCGCGGUGACUUCAUUUCCCUUGCCAUUAACGGAGGGCGAGUUGAGUUCAGGUUCAAUAUGGGAAGUGGUACUGGUAUUUUACGCAGCGCCAGAAACAUUUCCGUAGGAUUCUGGCACACUGUAAUAAUAGAAAGACAACUGAGAGACAGCUUGCUGGUUCUGGAUGACGAUCCCCAGUGAAAGGUUCCUCCCCGUGUUGUUCACGUGGAUUAAAUCUUUUGUUAGACUUGUUCAUAGGCGGAGUGAAAAACUUCACGACAUUCCACACUAGUAAAGUUGGCGUUAGCUCCGGUCUCUUUGGUUGUAUAUCCGAACUAUCAGUAGAUGGUAGGGAAAUAAACCUGCUCAAGUCCAAUCUUGACAUGCGCGGUAUCAAACAAUGCACAGAAUGCCUUUUGCCUUGUGAAUUGAGACCAUGUUUGAAUAAUGCCACUUGCAUCCCGGUUGGAAAAACGGGCUUUUUCUGUUCCUGUGCUCCUGGAUAUACUGGACAAAAGUGUGAGUUUACACUGGCCGAUCCUUUGAAGAGCCACAUAUGUGUAAAUGGCGGAGUUGAAUUAUCGUCAUCUGACAGGUUACUUUUAUUUAUUAAUUUUUUAUUUUCCCAAACAUAAGAAAAAUGCACUCCACUACAGUCAACCCGCAGCUUGUUUUAAUGAGGUGUAGCUAUUAAUUCCCUCCGGUGUCUCUGCUAUUGAUAAGUUCGGCUAGUCUGUCCAAUAUUUUCUGCGUUACGGUUGGUACUAUAGUCAAUCUAAAUAUAAAAGUGAUAUAUUUUGUAAAGAAAUUUCUUCUCGGACCUCAAAUGAAGAUCUCUCGCGAUUAAGGACAGUAAUUCGUUGGAGGGUGUCCGAAAUAAAGGGAGUUGACUAUAUUUACUAUAAUAGACGGAAAGUCUUUGAAUAAUUAGAAUACAAACAAUACUUAAUUUUAAGACGUGAUAAAAGCAGUUCGCAAACCUAGAGAGCUUCAGAAAUUCUGAGCCUAAAAGUUGAUUUAUUGUGUUACAGGUUAUGCAACUGCCCGCUCGGAUAUGGAGGCAGAAGGUGUAAUAAAAGUAAGUACUUUCAGAAGUUUUGCCUCAUGAAAUAGCUUCCUAAUGCGUCGGAUAUAUUUUUAAAUCUGUCAAUUACUGAUGUUGUCGCAGUAUAAACUUUUCAAUGUAAGGGAACUUAAAGCACAUAGUCUUUGUGUGCGGAUACAGCUGACCUCCCCAUGCUGGAGCCAUCAGCAUGGGUAAAGUGUUUCUCACUAUACACAGGAGGCUACACUUAGGAAGUCUUGGUGGCCUUUUAAAACCGGAAGGGGAACCACCGGUGGUGCAAAUGGUAAGAGUAAAGGCCUUCCACUGAUAUAGGCUGGGUUCGAUUCUAGCGCCACAAAGUGGAUUGACUUUGUUGUUGGUUUUCUUCACAAGUCUACUUCGAGCAGAAAAGUUGUCUCUAAUUUAUUGGGGACGUUUAAGAGGCCACACGUUUAGAACAGUGAAAUCUAUCGGGUGUCACGCUCUCUAAACUACAUAAGUGUAAGUUUUCAUAGUUGCAGUAGAAUUCUUUGACGACAACCCCUACAAAAAAAAAAAACAUGCACACUGGCAAUAGAUUUUAAGUACUAAAGAAACCUUAGUUUACAAACUUCUGCUGUUGGGUUUAUUUUAACCUUUUCGGUGCAAAGUUCUUUAAAAUAGCUUGCAUGAGGCAACGUACAGUUGAGUCGAUUCCAGUGACUCUUGCUGAUUGGCUGUUUCGUUGUAGCUGUCCAGUUUGGAAAAAAAUGCCUUGUUCAGUGGUGACGGUUUCUUGGAAUUCCCAUCAUCGACCAUGCGAGGACCGAGGUGAGGUUUUUUCUUUGGUGUUCAGCGAAUCUUCUGAGAUAACAUUUGUCAGCAUCAGGAGAGUUUUACGACUGUCAUAAUAGAAAAUGAGCGCCCAAGUUAUUUCCAUCCUGGUAUUUUAUAGCCGAAAUACGUUAUAAUCCACAGUGCAAUGUUUACGGCUUUGAGCAUGCAUGCGUCCAUUUUUUUUUACAGAUCGACAACACCUGACUAUAUGUCACUUGCGAUAAAAACAGAAGCUCAAAAUGGUGUAAUCCUCUGGCAAGGAGAGGUAAAUUAGAGUGUUGUAAUGAGUUCCGCCAACAGAGAUUGUUUAUAACUCAUGCCUGAUAAUCCGAUGACCAGAAAAGACAUCCAUCUACUUUGCCACAUUCAGUUCUGAGCUUUUUCUUAGUUAUUAAAAGAUUGUAAGAACAAAACCUUUUUCCAAAACACUUCCGUAUCUCUUUGCCAACACGUUCGUGUAUAUUUCACACACACAGGCCCCUUGCAUUACAAACAGUUCCCUUGAUCUGUAAGGCAUCAAGCAACAAAUAGAUACCUCAUGUUCUCACCUGGAUCAAUUAGGUGUCCCUAUGAAAAAUUUUUCUUCUUGCUCCUUCCAGAGAAGAGACCACUUUGCAAUCGGAUUAAGAGACGGAUUUCUGGAGUUCAGGUAAUUAUUUUAGGACUCUUGACGGCCCAACAACUGGUCUCUUUCUAAAAUUUUGUAUUCUUUGCUUUCAGAGUAAAAACACCCAUACAUGUACGUGACCACCAAAAAUGCCAAAAGUUAGGGGUGGCUAAUGAGAGCUCGUCGCAUAUGAGACUCUGACGCAUCUGAAUGUCGCUAAAAUCGCCUCUGAAAUAUGUAAUGCACUAAAAAACAUAGACAAUAUACACCACGUAUUAAAAGAAUAUAUUUCGCUACAUCAAUGUACUGAUGGAUCACAUAACCCACUUAACAUCCGGGGGCGAUAAAAUAAUAGGAAGUUUAAGCAAAAGCGUUUUUGAGUGACGCACGUCAACCGAGGCUAAAAAAUUGUAUUGCUUUGCGUCUUUGCGUCUUUUUUCUCAUAUUGAUGAUUUUGCGGAGAAUUUGGGCAAAAACACUGCUUAAAAGUAGUUAACUAUGAAAUUGAGUGAAGCACAUCCUCGGUUAAAUUUAUUACACAUUAAUCCUUGAUCACUGAUCUACAUUAAAAAAAAAUAAGGGAACGGGCCCCCGGGCCCCUCCCCGGAUCCGCUACUGCAAAUAACCAGGAACUAAAUUUAUCGGUCCCUACCCUGAGAAUACUUUAAAAUCAUGUUAGUAAAUCAGUUACGUCUUUCUUAGAUUUGAACUCGGCUCUGGGCCCGCUGUACUACAAUCUCUGUCUCCCGUCAACGACAGCCAAUGGCACUCCAUCAAGGUUUACAGGUAACAAACUUUUUCAACUACAAUCUUGAAAUAAUAGUUCCUAGAUCUCCGUAUUCUAGAUGCGUUACAUUUGAGGAACAAGGAAGGGCCCGAGAAUAAACCCACCGAUUGUCAACCAUGAAAAAAAAGUUAAUCAAUUAUUGAUUUCGGCUUCUAUAUAAUAUGAAGCAGCACUGACUGCGUGAUGUCAUCCCUCCGAUAUGUUAAUUAUUAGACUAGUGACGUUUGUCGUUUAAUUUUGUAGGCGUUUCAGUGAGGGUUCCCUUAAAGUUGAUAAUCAUGAUCAUGUAAAUGGCACCUCGGCUGAGGGAAGCAAAGGGCUGAAUAUUAACCAAGGUCAUAGCAUAUUUAUAG